GGAAAGGCCGUGUAUCCAUGUUUCGAAAUGGUGAAAAAGGACCCCUUGUGCCAGCUAUACCUCAGAGGACUCAAAAAAUGCUCAGCAGGUGCUGGAACUACUAAAGUGCCGGCCAAGAUAACUACGAAAGAGACAAAAUCGCAAAAGAAAAAGAAUAAAGCUAAAAUGCGGGCACCGAGUCUAUUGCUUGGAAAAAUUAGCUCGCAAUCUCAAACGGAUCCGUACUACGAAGUGUUAUAUGAGGACAUGGAGCAAACUGUCAACUGCACCCAAACAGAACUCGUGACCGAUUUAGAUUUUGAAUUUCUUGGGUGUGCAAUGAUCCGAAACCCCAAGUCCGGAGAUGAUAAAGAAACCCAAAUUCUUCCUGGCGAUUUGUUUGAUUUCACGUUGCACGUUGCACCAAUUGUGAUAAGUGUUUCAUCAGUAGUGGUGGAGCAAGCUUUGUUGGAGUUGAUGAUGGAGAGUGAAUUGGAAACGCUUUUAGCUCAGCAGCGUGUAUACGAAAGCAGGAGGAACUUGGAAUUAGUUAGACUACAACGACUUCAACGGCGACAACAGGACAUUGUGAAUGAGAAUGUGAGACAAAUUCAGGCCGAGAAGGAGAGCAUGGAAGAAGCUCGGAAAGCAGGGGAGGCUGUUUCAAUGGCACUGUUCGCCAAGCAUUUCCUCAACGACAUUCUUUCAGCCGCGAUGGACGAUGCACGACGUGACGGAGUUCUUACUUCUGAAGCCGAAAUGGGCAAGGAUGCAGAUCCUAUCAUGAAAUGGAUUACAACGGAAACUGGCAAAUCGCAAACUAAAAAUAUCAUAAGUCGAAAUGUGCUUGAUGACAUCAUUGGCUUUGCCCUCGUUAAAAGAGUGCCUUCUCCAACGAUGUCUAUGGAAUUGUCAGCACUUGACGAGUAGGAACAGGGUAGAAUUUUGGUAACAUGAAAUACUGCAUAUGUAAAUAUUAUAUACAGUAUAAUUUUAGUAGUGGUACACAGGAAUAAUACAUAGGCUAUAAUAAAAACCAUACCGUGAAUAUCAUGUACAUAUAUUGGUGGAAUGCUUUCUAAUAACAGUCCCAAUAGUUAUUUUUAUUGCUGAUUUUGGAAAGUGUGAUAGCAAAAUAUAAGUAUUUUAAUAUAAGCUAUGACAAAUAUAUGCAUUAUUGCA